CGAAAUGCAAAAAGCGACCUACUACGACAGCUCUGCGAUCUAUGGCGGCUAUCCCUACCAAGGAGCAAAUGGUUUCGCUUACAAUGCUAGUCAGCAGCAAUAUCCUCCACCUCCUUCUUCAUCGCUGGUGGAAACGGAGUACCAUCGACCUGCCUGCUCUUUACAGUCCCCCAACGGCGGCGGGGGCAACAGCAAUGUGCCCCACCAUAAGGCCAAUGACAUCAACGAGAGUUGCAUGAGGACCAUCAGUAGCCAAUCCCUCCAGGCCCCGGUCCUUCCUGAGCAGCCUCCUCCUCCUCCUCCUCCUCCUCCUCCAAGUCAACAGGCACCGCCACCCCCUCCAACUCCUUCUGUGUCACCGCCUCAAAAUGCCACCCCCAAUGCCACCCCGGCUAACGCCACCAAGAGCGCCAUCUUGAACUCGCCCACCAUGUCCAAACAAAUAUUCCCCUGGAUGAAAGAGUCGAGACAAAACACCAAGCAGAAAAACAGCGGUUCCAGUUCAGGUGAGAGUUGUGCUGGUGAUAAAAGUCCCCCUGGGCAAGCUUCCUCUAAGAGAGCCCGCACAGCUUACACAAGUGCCCAGCUGGUAGAACUGGAAAAGGAGUUUCACUUCAAUAGAUACCUUUGCAGGCCAAGAAGGGUAGAGAUGGCUAACUUGUUAAAUCUCACAGAAAGACAGAUCAAAAUAUGGUUUCAGAACCGCAGGAUGAAGUACAAAAAGGACCAGAAGGGGAAAGGAAUGAUGACCUCUUCAGGAGGACAGUCCCCCAGCAGAAGUCCUGUCCCUUCAGCUGCUGGAGGUUAUCUGAACUCUAUGCAUUCCCUAGUAAACAGUGUUCCAUAUGAGCCCCAGUCACCUCCAUCCUUCAGCAAGCCUCAUCAGAAUGCCUAUGGCAUCCCCACGUCAUAUCCGGCUCCUCUCAAUAACUGCCCGCCUCCUCAGAAGAGAUACACCGGAACUGCAGCAGUGACUCCUGAAUAUGACCCUCAUCCUCUUCAAGGCAAUGGCUAUGGCAAUCCACAUAUACAGGGAAGCCCCGUCUACGUUGGGGGCAAUUAUGUGGAUACCAUGGCAAAUUCUGGGCCGUCCAUCUUUGGUCUGACUCACCUCCCUCAUCCUUCCUCCGCCAAUAUGGACUACAGUGGGCCAAUGGGCAACAAUCAUCAUCAUGGACCUUGUGAUCCACACCCAACAUACACAGAUCUUACUUCUCACCAUCCUUCUCAGGGAAGAAUUCAGGAAGCGCCCAAGCUGACCCAUCUGUAAUAUAUACCAUCAGUUACUUAGUGAAUCGUAAAAGUCCCUUAGCCUUUUUAAAAGAAAGAAAAGAAAAAUACUUUUAAAUCCCUUCCCCACCCCAUCCUUCUAUUUUGCUUCGAUUUUCUUUUCUUUUGGUAAAAGCGUUUUCUAGUUUAUGUGACGUAGCAAUAUUUGUUGCUUGAAUUGCUCUCUAGUUUCAAUAGUGGACAUUAAACUCCUUGAACUUUUGCCUUGUGUUCUCGCUUUGAGAGUAUGCAUAGGCUUUCUACUCUUAACUUCGACUCUUUUAUCAAAACAGGGUAUUGUGAACAAAUUUUCUAUACAGAUGGUUCUUAAAUGUGAAUUUGUUCGUACAGAAUCGAUCCCACGGAGGAAGCAUUUUUAUUUUAAUUGCACUUCUUUUAAAUAGCGAGGAAGAAAUCAAAGGCGCUUGAACAGGGUGUCCCUGAGCGAAAUUAUUAAUACGUGUAUGUCUUUCAACGUGUGUAUGCUGGUGAACUUUCAGAUUUAUUUAUAUUUUUUGCAAACUUUGAAUAAUCUAAGUGUUUAAAUUUUUUAUUUAUCCCCAUCUGUUCAUAUUUAUAUAUAUAAAGAUAUUAAAAAAUAAAUAAACUUCUGUACCCUGAAUAUUCAGGAGAUAUUUACCUGGCUGUAUGUUAAGAUGGCAUACGUAGGGAAUAUCAUUUGAAAAGGGAACUAGAACUCUUUUAUUUAAUAGAAAGGAAAAAAAUGCAAUAAAACCUGGAAAACAAACAACAGGCCACCAUAGGAAUAGAAAUGGACGUCUGUAACAUCAAACAAAAAGGGAAAAUGUGGAAACCCGAACAACAAAAAGAGACUAGAUUUGUUUUUGAAAGUUAUACAUUCCUUGCUGCUCAC